AUGACGAGGAGGAAGAGCGUGUCCUUCUUCUCUGCCAAGGGGCCAUUAAUGCUGCUGCUGCAUUACGUCUUCCUCUUCGUUUUGUUUCUUCUUUUGUCUCCUCCUAUCUUGGCUGCUGCACAAACAACCACGAAGAAGUCGUCUUGUCCAUUAAUUGGAGAGAAUGCCGAUAUUACGAAAGGUAACGACGACGAGAUAACGAGUUUUACGAAACCCCUCCGUUCAUCGUGCGGAAGUGAUAUUCUUUCGAGCGAUGGCGCGUGUACGAUUUGUGCGUCAGCAAUUGAUACUCUCAUCCUCUCCAGGAUACCAUUGACCAGCGAAGAACUGAGAACAUUUGAUAUGAAAGCGUGCGGAGCUUUCUUCAUCGAAAGCGGCGCAUCCGUCACAACGCUUCUCGGCAUGAGAAAGUGCGAGAGAGAAGAAUCUGCGGCGUAUCGUACGCUUCUAAACGAGGAGAAAGGGCGAAAACAAGGAGAAGGAGGAGGAGGAGAAGAAGAAGAAGAAAAACGGAGAAAAGAGGAUAAAGCGGGGAGAGAUCCUUCCGUGUUGUAUUGCUUCUUGUUCUUUUGCAGUUUUCCACUACUCGAUAUUGGAAUCAGUGAGAAGUUAAUUCCUUUUUACUUUGCGUUUGUGUUCAUAAUUUCGUUGGGAGUUUUAUCUGUAAUGUUGUGCAAGCUAUUUCUCGUUCGCCAACGUCAAAGACGACGGCGGAAAGAAAAGGAAAUAACGCGCGAAGACGACGUGGGCAGUCAAAGUCCCUCUCGUUUAACUAGUUAG